AACCUCAGAAAAAAAUCAAAGAAAUUUCGAUUCAAUUUCAAGAGACGAGAGAUUUGCAAAAUUCAAAUUACGUUGAAAUUAAAGGUGAAGGUCUAACCAUUGAAAAUGUGAUACAGGUGGCUCGUUUUCGUCGUGAAGCUCGUCUCACCACUAAUAAUACCAUUCGAGAAAAA